AUGAAUAACGGAGAUAUUGGAGCAUCUAGGGGCAGAGGCCGUGGUUGGCAACCAGAAAAUCAACCGAAAGAACUUCGCCGGCCCAAGUCCGUCGUUGAGGAAGCAAAAGUCGAACCUUCAAAAUCUAAGCUGUCAGCUGAUGCAAAAGAGUGGUACCCACCAAAUUAUGUACCACAAGCAAUGACUUAUACAGACCCAUCACCCUACAGACCCCAACGUUUCUCGGUUCAAGAUAGACUUCGUCAGGCGCAGGAUGUAAAUCCUUACAAUUAUGAUGAUAUACCAUAUUAUCUUGAAGAAUUUGAAAAUAUGGACUUAAGGGAAAACCUUACCAAUCUGAUUAAUGUUAUGUGUGAGAUAACAUUUGAACCUGGCAAGUUUGAUACCUUGUGCGGCCCACUAGUUGAUUCCUUUGUAUUAACAUUACAUGAUGUCAAUUACACUCGACCUCUUGUGGAAGCUAUUGUUAACCAGUCAAUAGGUGAGUCUAAUUUCCGCUACAACGGUGCACGGCUUUGUUCAAUGUAUGAUUCUGUGGCACCCCCUGAAGAAUCUACAUUCCGUGAAUGUCUCUUGGAACGUUGUUCUGCUGAAGAGAAUAAGAUAAUUAGUGGCAUUGAGACAUCUGAGGAAAAUAUGAGGGGCUUUGCUAUGUUUCUCGCAGAGAUAUAUACUCAACUAGAAGACAGCCAGGGUGGAAGAAUAAAAUCCCUAGGGGAAAGUCUCUGCAAAGUGCUUCUCCAUUUAUUAGAUACAGACAAAGAAACAAACAUAAAAGCUGUGUGUCAGCUACUUAAACUGUCGGGCAUAGCGCUGGACGCGGACUGCCCGGCGGGCAUGCAUGCGGCGUUCGAGCGGCUUCGACGGCGCGCGUCUUUGCCGUGCGUGCGCGGCGUGGUGGCGCUCCGUGCCGCGCGCUGGGGCGCCGAGCACGACGCCGCGCCCGCGCCCGCCGCGCACCCCGCGCCGCCCGCGCGCCGUGAUCCCCGCGCACCGCACGCACACACCGACACCAGGGGCCGCCAAGCCAACAAUAUGAAUGGCGAAAGUGACGGAGGGAUAAGCAACGAAGGUGGUUAUCUCGCAGAUGGCCACACUCUCACAGCAGAAGAAUGCGCCUUUCUACAGAAUAAUUUACCACCUAAGGCGGCAGCUAUCGAAGAAGAUAUACUCGAUGAACUAGAAAAUGAUGCUUGGGAAACAGGCAUGGAUGCAGAGAUGCAGGCCGGUUUCUUGGAGUUUCUCAAGAUAUCAAACCAGAUCAAGCGAUAA